UCGCCGCGUUCCACUCCAGACUGCCCAAAUUGACUUCCUUGCACCCAGCUUUCCCUGCGACGAAGAAGAAAUUGUUCGUCUCGAUGAUAUCGAACCUAGCAUAUUGCACGAUGUAAUAAAGAGCUGUGACGCAUCAGGAAUUAACGGCGCGAUUUCAACGAUAAAUCAUGUUUUGACGGAAACCCCGCAACAAUAUCCGGGACAAAAUGUCAAUGACAGUAACAAUUAUGUUUCGGUCUUCUCUCAAAGAAACUGCCGUACUGGACAAGACCACCUCGCUCAAGUCGAGAACCUGCCAUGUCAUCAGUCAGGUUCACAAAGCAACAGUGCCACAUCCGAAUCCGUGAAUUUCGACUCGAGAUAUGACCACGCGUUUUCUUGGUCGGACACCCUCAUGAGUUGUCAUGACAACUUUAAUGGCAGCGAUGACAGUUUUGAAGUCCCCUGCAGUGAUUGGCCGAAAUGUCAACGACAGUGCCGCGAUGACGUCCACGAGUGCACCUUUAUGUAUCAGGCCAUAGAUGUCCAAUCACAAAACUGUGGUAAAGCCAUUCCGAGUCUGACUGGAGACUGCAGAUGUCCGUCCACAGCAUCGCACAACGCCGUUCUAUGUACGUCAUCAUUCAGCCACGCCCCUUGCUGUACUGCCGCCUCUUUGGAAAACUCGUAUGCUCCGUCAUUUAAAAACAGUAACUUUCCAAGCUCAGCAAACGUUGACCAAGCCGAUCGCAGCAGACUGUACCCUCUAAAUACCAACGCUACCGACGUUAACAAUACACCACCUAUUAUUAUAUAUAGCAGGUUCCAAAAGGAGAACCCAGCGGAAGUCAACGGCAAACGCAUAGAGGUUGUCAAAUCCUCGAAAAAGAGAGGACGGCCAUGUACUUAUCUGAAGUAUCUGAAGUGCGACCAAUUCGAGUGCGAUGCACACGAUAAGAGAGGCGCAAGUAACAUCCUGUAUCAGUUCCUAUUGAAAGAGCUACGGACGCAGCAGACGCAUAUCAAGUGGGAGAACGAACAGGAAGGCAAGUUCAAGUUCGUCGACACGACGGAAUGCUCCCGGCGAUGGGGACAGAUGAAAAAAAUAGCCAACAUGAACUUCGAAAAGCUCAGUCGCGCAAUGAGAUACUACUACCGAGAUGGGCUGAUGUGCAAAGUGAAGGGACUCCGGCUGGUCUACCAGAUAAACUGGGAGGUCGUGCCGAAAGAGUACUGGCCGCAGGCACCACAGCUUUUUCAGCGACUUCUCGAUUGCAGGGUGAAGAAGAUGUAACUGCCUUAUAUAUACAUAUCAUAAACUCUGUCUCAUUCUUAAUGUUGCUAGGAAUAUUGCCAUGGAGGACUACAUGUGUUACGAUGUUACAAAAUAGUUUAGUGAGAUUGGUCCUGAAUAUAAAUAAAUUAUUUUAAAAAGAUAAGAUAUAAUAAGAUGUUGUAAUAUUUUGUUGUAUAGUCUUCAUAUAAACUGUUAAUAUUUAAAUAUAAAAAAUUUGAAAUUUUCAAUCAAAUGCAGGAUAUGUGAGAUUAUAAUCGUUUAAUGAGGAUGUGUAAUUAUUUACAGCACACAAUCAAAUAACAAGCAAUCGAUUUUUUGAAUUCGCACAAGUUCUUAAACAUUUAGAUGACAUACAAUUAUCUUAAAUUAUAUUUUCUUUUCAAGAUUUUCUGGUUGUUUUCAUCAUGCAAGUUUAUGAUCCGUACAGUCAUUGAAAUUGUAAUUCAAAUUUCAUUUGGGGGAAAGAAAUUCACUUUUGUCUAUGCAUGGUACGGGAUAAUGAACAUAAUGUCAAACAUGAGGAACUAAUAUGCAUUGGCUUUUUAUGUAUGUUUUACACUUUCCGCUUUGACUAACUUUUCGUUUAACGGAAGUCUAUUCUACACGUAAAUGCAGUCUAAGCGCAAAGUAUCGUACCUUAUUAGGGGGACUGCAUUAUUUACCGUUAAACUGGUAAUGUUUAUGCCUUUAAAUGUUGAAGCAAAGCGAUACAAGUGCUUUAUAUUUUGUCUUUCGAUGUGUUUUUAUUAUUAUAUAGGUAGUAAUCUAUACAUUAUGUACGUUACGUUUCAUAUACUUUCCAGAAUGCAUUAGAUCUGUGUUGGAAAAUUACAUAAAAAAUAUGCCUCAGUGUCAGUUAGAUUUCGGUAGUUAUCACUGUACAUGACCCAGAUAAUGAUAUUUUGUGCUUACAUUGCAUUUUAUAACCGACUGUGUUCAUGUGUUUAUAUAAUAUGUUUGUUUUUGCAUUAGCAUUAUAUAUAUGAGUCGCGCUCUGUGAAAAGGAGGUUGAUGCAAGUGCGUAAAGUGUCGUCCCAGGCAUGUUAGUCAGCACAGGCUUAUCAGGGACGUCACUUUCUGCCAAAACUUGAUUAUUGCCAAAAAGAGAUUUUCUUCAAACGAAUAAUAUCAUAAAAACGGAGAGUUUCGUACCUGAUAAGCCUGAGCGGACUGCACAGGGAAAUAUGGGACGACUCUUCACGCACUUGCAUUAAACCCACUUUUCACAGAGCACGGCUCAUAUAUAUGUCAUAUACAUGUACAUAUUACUAUAUAAU